AUGGCAGCUGGCACCAAGCUGCUCAGGCUUCUCCACAUGGGCUUGAGCAGUGCCUCUGCAAAAACUCUAGAUCAUCAGGCUCAGUUUCCUCGCUCCUUGGCAAUCCCAGCACCGUCCAUCUGGCUGGUGCCCCCAUACCCAAGCAGCGAAGAGGACCUCAUCCACAUUGCAUGCGUGGCCCCUCGGGACUUCCCGGGAGCGAAUUUCACACUGUAUUGAGGGGGGCAGGUGGUCCCAAACCAGUGCAGAGUGAUGUUCAAUCUGAGUGGCAGCAGCAGUGAGGUUCCAGGGGGACCUUUCCACCACCAGUAUGGAGUGAUAGGCGGGCACAACCAGCCCCAGCUGUCAGACCUCAGCAAGUCCUUGAACAUCUCCUUCCCAGUGCCCACUUGGAUCUUGGUGCUGUCCCUGAGCCUAGCUGGUGCCCUCCUCCUCCUUGCUGGGCUGGUGGCUGUUGCCCUUGUAGUCAGAAAAGUUAAACUCAAAAAUUUACAGAAGAAAAGAGAUGGAGAAUCCUGCUGGGCCCAGAUUAAUUCUGACACCACAGACAUGUCCUUUGAUAACUCCCUGUUUACCAUCUUGCUGAAAAUGAUGCCAGAAGAAGACCCAGCCAGCUUGGAUGAUCACUCAGGCACCACUGCCACCCCUGGCAAUUCCAGGACCUGGAAGAUGCCCACUUCCAUGUCCUCCUCGCCUGAGACCCUCGAGUUCAGCACUUUCUGGCCCUGCCAGUGAGGCAGAGGACUGGGGAGCCUCCUCUGUCUCCAGGCAUUCGGGGCCUGAGGUCCCUCUAGCCCCUUCUGGGGGAGGGGGUCUCUUUUGGCUCCUUUCUCAGGGAAUUGGACAGGAAAUGAAGGGGAGCCCUGGCCUUGGGACUUUCAUCACAGAGGACUGGGAGGGGGGGCACAGGCAUAGGUGGGCACUGGACAGGCAACAAGAAGUUCCCCUCUCAUUGUGAUGUGAUUUAUAGAUAGAGGGACUAUAUGGCCAUAAUUAGUAUAUUAGUCCUAUUUGGUUAAUGGCAAAAUUAAUCAUAAAAAUGAUAUAAUUUCAAAUAAUUCUCCAUUCAGGUUAAUAGUUGAUAGUAAGGCUAUCAACUGCUAACUCAUGCCUCCAUGAAUAACAAUAUGGCUUUCUAAACUUUUAAAGGUUAGAAGUAAUCUGUUGGCCUUAGGAACCAACAAAUUGGUACAAAAGGCUAGGUUAGUUAGGCUAGCCCAUAGUAUGAUGUUUCUGUUAAAGGAAGUAAUGUCUGUAGUCUGAGAGCUAAUAGUGUAGAUGCUCCUCAACAUACAUUGGAUUACUUCUGGAUAAUGUCAAAAAUAUUGUUAAAUCAUUCCAUGUAACCCCUUGGUAAGUCAAGGAGCAUACUGAAUGUUGUUUUGCUUUCUCACCAUGGUAAAGCUGAAAAAUCGUUUAAGUCUGAGUGUCAUAAGUUGAGGAACCUUGUGUAUGGUUUGGCUGUGGAUUUGUUCAUAGUUUGAAUUUGGGUUUUUUGUUUGUUUUUGUUUUUUGAGAUGGAGUCUCACUCUGUCACCCAGACUGGAGUGCAGUGGUGUGAUCUCAGCUCACUGCAGCCUCCACUUCCUGGGUUCAAGCAAUUCUGCUGUCUCAAUCUCCCAAGUAGCUGGGAUUUCAGGUGCCUACCAUCAUACCUGGCUAAUUUUUAUAUUUAUAGUGGAGAUGGAGUUUCACCAUGUUGGCCAGACUUGUCUCAAACUCCUGACUUGAGGUGAGGAAAGUACUGGGAUUACCAAGUGUGAGAUACCAGGCCUGGUAUCAUAGUUUGAAUUUGUAAGGCAAAAUCAUUUUGAUGUUGUGCCAUCAUGGGCAGUUAUUAGGGUUGUGGCUCCUAUAAAACUUCAUGGCAUUUAGAUGAGAAAAGCUAUAAUUAGUGAUGUUAUAUGAGUUACAGAGGAAUACACAGUGAGUGCUUUUACGUCUGUUUAGUAUGAACAAAUAGAAUUUGUUAUAAUUAUUCCUCAUAGUGGUAAGAAGUGGAUAGGCUAUAUGCUCAUGUUAGUAGAUUUAAAAUUAUAGUAAUUUGUAUUAUGCUCCAGCCUAUUAAUUUUAGUAAUGUGGCUGCAGGAACUGUGAGUGCAGCAUUUGAGGAUUCUACAUAUGCUUUUGGUAGUCAAGGUGGAGGAUAUAAAGGGGUGGGGGUUUUUUGUUGUUUUUCUGUUUUUACUAUGACUGCUAUAAUGCCUUCUAUUUAUAGGAGACUAUUCAGGAGUUUGGUAGUAUUUGAAUUCAGUAGUAGGUUCUUAAAAUAGUUAAUGAAUCCAUGGAGGUUUAAAUAUAGAUUAAUUCUGUGAAUAGGGGUAAAGAGCCAAUUAGUGUAUGGAACAGGAAGUGAAAGUUCUGUGUUUAAUCAUUGUUUGGCUUUCUCAUUGGGUAAUAAUAAGAGUUUAGAUUAGAGCUGCUUCAGAGUCUAUAGAAUACAAUUCAUUCUAUGAUGGUAAAUAUCAUGAUUAGGAGUACUUGUAGAAAAAUUAACAUUGAGUACUUCUCUUUGUAUAUCUGAUUCCUUGGUGAGUUGGUGCUGACUUGCUAUAAUUAUAUCUACCCUGGGAGAGGUUAGGUGAAGAGAGGUGGAGGGAAAGACAUGAAGGAAAACAUUGUUUCUGGGCAAGUAGUGUGCUCAAGGUUUCAAUAGGAUCAAGAAGGUGAAGAGAAUAAUCAGAGGGAAGGUAGAGGUUGUAGAGGAUUUUGUAGAAAGUACACUGUGAGUUCCAAAAGGCAUAGUUUGGAGUAAAGUAGGACAUGGAUGGGAUAAGAGUCCCAAGUGAUGACCAAGGAUCCAGGAAGCCAAGGAUUUUAAGAGUAUUGAGAUAACUCAGAGAUAUCAGGCAUUACAGGACUGGCCUCUCGUGGUCUUUUAGGGGAUGGUAGGCUUUUUAUUAUUUUUUAUUAUUCCUUUUAUAACCUAAGGAUAGGAGGACUACCACACUAAGAGCUUAUGGAAAUUGAGAUCUCUGCGGAGAAGCCAGCCUUAAUAGCAGGAUGUGGAGGUCUUACAAGCAUCCAGAGCUAUGGAGGCUUUCCUUGUAGACUGUAGUGAGUAGAGUGGCUGUCUUAACAGAAGACAGAUUACUGGAACAGCAUUGCUAGGAGCCUGGGAUUGGAGAGAGCUUCUCAGGAAAUGCAAAGGUAUAUAAAGUUUCAGGUGAGCUCUGAAAGAAUGAAAAACAGGUAAGGAGACUGAGGGUAGAGAGAAGAGGGAAGAGCAUUCCUAGCAAAGGUAACAGUGUACUGAAGGCCACAGGAGGGUGGAGCUUGGUGUAUAUGAGGUAUGAAGAGAAGGCCUUUGCAGCUGGAGCAUCGUGAGGCAAAGGUGCCACAGAGAGUUGGAGAGGCUGACUGGAGCCAGGCCAGGCAAAACCUGCUAGAAGUUAUGAAUAUGACCUAGUAGAUUAUAAGCAAUACUUGUUACUGUUUUUAAUAAACCAGGAGAGAAAAUAACAAAAUAUGAAUAUAUAAUACAUAAUAGCCAAGAUAACUUUAUGACAUACUUGUUUUAUGUUUGAGUAUAUGUACUCAGUCAUAAUAUACAUUUCUUACUGAGGUUACAGUCAAAAGAAGUUUGAAAAAUAGUGCAGAAGAGUUUAUAUUUUAUCCCCCAGUUUUUUGCAGGCUAUUGAAAAAUCUUAAGACAGUGACAUAAUGUGAUUUUAAUAUUUAGUAUUCCAUUCUGCCUGCCAAAUGGAGAUGAAAACAAAGGGUCUCAUAACAUUACUGAGUAGGUUUUUGUUGUGGUUCAGGAUGCUUUGGGGCCGAGCACAGUGGCUCAUGCCUGUAAUCCCAACACUUUGGGCAGCUGAGGUGGGUGGAUCACUUGAGGCCAGGAGUUUGAGACCAGCCUGGCCAACAUGCUUGAAGCCCCCAUCUCUACUAAAAAUAUAAAAAUGAGCCAGGCAUGGUGGCGCACACCUGUGAUCCCAGCUACUUGGGAGGCCGAGGCAGAAUUGCUUGAACCUUGGAGGUGGAGGUUGCAAUGAGCUGAGAUCACGCCACUAUACUCCAACCUGGAUGAUAGAGUGAGUCUCUAUCUCAAAAAAAAAAAAAAAAUGCUUUGGGCUUCCUGAGUGUCAGCAGAGGUAUUGGUGAUAAGUUAACAGGUUCAAGGGCUACUUAGGAGAUAUAUGCAGUAGGACUUGAUGAGGUCAAGUAUAAAAGAAACUUCCUAAAAUGACUCCACCUUUUCAGACUCCAUUUCAUUGUCUUCACUCAUCACCUCUUUUGCAGUUUUUUUUUUUCACCAUAUAGUUUUUCAUUAACUUAAUGACAAUAAAAAGAGCUGCUACUUAAUUGAAUACAUUUUUAUAUGUACCCCUCAUUCUGGGCACAGUUCUGAGACUUUGGUAUUCCAAUCUUCACUUUUUCUUCAUCCCUCUAGACUUCUGUUUAGCACCUUCCUCUGUUCUCAUAGUGCCUCCUACCCCAGAAUCAUAUUCAAUUUAUAUUUUUCCCAUUUUUAUUAGGCCACUAGCACAUAGAUAGCUGUUUUGGGUUCCAGCUGAAUUUAUUUGAUUCCUGAUAAUGUUCCCUUAAUCACCAUAAACCCAUUGAUUCCUUUUAAAGUGUUUUAUAAAUCAUAUUUUUCUUCUAUGAAAGAAACAAAAUAAAAGCAGAAUCUAUCAUGUUCCAAGAUAUUUUGCUGACAUGAAUUGGUAUUAAACUGAGCUGUGCUGUGUAUAUGACAGGUUGGGGGUGGGGGGUAGUUGCUUUUGUUUUUACAAUUUCUUUUUGCUCUUCAGCAAAAGCAUGUUUUCUCAAGUUUCUGAGGCAUAUUUCUAAAGGACAGUUUAAAUUCGAACUUACUGAUUUAUAUUUUUCUUCCCAUUACCACUCUCUAUUAUUCUCCAGCCUAUAAACAGUGGUCAGAGAGCCUGUGCCUGCUGAUCCAGUUACAUCAGAUAGUUUCUCUGCAUUUGAAAAGUACACUUGUUUCCCAACUUCUUUCUUCAGAAUAAUAUAACAUCUUUAUUGUGUAAACUUGUCCCAUUACCACUCUCUGUUAUUCUCCAGCCUAUAAACAGUGGUCAGAGAGCCUGUGCCUGCUGAUCCAGUUACAUCAGAUAGUUUCUCUACAUUUGAAAAGUACACUUGUUUCCCAACUUCUUUCUUCAGAAUAAUAUAACAUCUUUAUUGUGUAAACUUGUCACUAUUUCUAGGACAUUUUGAGGUACUUCUUUGGUAAAUAUAAGAACAUUUGGCCUUAAGUAGAAAAUAUUGGAAAGUCAGACCUAAAAACUAUAUGGAAGGAACAAGACAUUGUAUGUAUACCGUGCUCUGCGAUAUAGCUAUAUAAUAAAACAAAUUUCCCCCCAUACAUGUGGAACUUGAGGAGUAGAAACAUCAACAGAUAAAGAAAUGAAAUUUUAGAAUUGCAAACAUUCAAACAAGAAUUAGGAAUAAAUCACAGGUAUAGAAAAUACAUGGCAUGGACCUAAUUAAAGUGAUCCAGGACAGUCUUUCUGAGCAGCUAACAUUUAAGCUAGGACAUUUCAGACACAAAGGAGGUGGCCACUUAGCAUUCUUGGUAGAUGGAAUGGCAUAUGGAAAACCUAAAAUAAGGGAAAGAAUUUGACAUGUUCUCAGAACUAAAAUCAGGCCAAUAAGAUUAGAGCAUUGUUCCUGAAGAUAGUAGUGGCUCAAAAUGAGACUUAAAAGGUAAUUUUGAAGAAAUUAGAGAAAUUUAAGAAAGAAUUGGAUCAUAAAGGGGCUUGUAGGCCAUGAAUAGGAGUUUGGAUUUUGUUCUAAGUACAAGGGUAAACCACUGAAAGAUUAUUAGUUCUGUUCUCAAACUUCGUGUUGUGUGAGAAGCAUCUAAGGAGAUUUGUGAAUGAAGGGACAAUUACAUUUAAAAAAUUGACUAAUAUUGAAUGCCAACAAUGUGCAAGUAAUGAUGUUAGGCACUAGAGAUAAAGCAGUAUAUGAAACAAAGUCCUUGCUUUGAUUAAGCAUGGGACAGACAGACAGUAGUCAAACUUUAGAAAUGGUAUAUCCAUUAGUGAAAAAUGCAAUAUAGGUACAGUUAUGUGUUGUACGUUUUGAUAAUGUUGACAGCUGAGCAGAAAACUGUAUGAGGGAAUAAGCCAUACGUAUAUCUAGAAGGGCAUUCUAAAGAUAAAACUGUAAACACAGAGGCAUAUGCUUGACAUGACACUUUUUAACACCAAGGAGGCCAUAUGACCAGAGACAAAUGAAUAAUUAGGGGAGUGGUAGGUGAUGAUAGAGAAAAGUGGCCAUGUUAGGAAAUGACAGGUCAAGAAAAGUGGCCAAGGGCAAGCUUGUAUAGGGUCUUGUGAGCCAUAUUAAGGACUUUGGAUUUUAUCCUGAGAUGGCAAACCAUUGGGAGGUUUUUAGCAGGGGAAUGAUCUGAUAUAAACUACAUUUUAAGAGAAUUCCUUUGGCUGCUCUGUGAAGAAUAGAUUACAGAAGCAAGGAUGAAAGUAGGGAAACCAGCUAAGAGGUUAUGACAAUGAGAGAUAGGUGACUUGGCCUAGGAUGGUGGCAGUGGAGGUGACCAGAUUCUUAAUAAAUGUUGAUAAGAGAGCCAAUAGGAUUUGUUGAUAGAUUGUAUGUCCAGCUAGACAUCUGUUUCUUUUCAAGAGGGUGUUUUUAUUCUAUUUUAUAAGCUUCCUGGGUGUUUCUAAGCCAUUCCAAAGUUUGAGAACCAGACUUAACCUAUUUUUCUAAUUUCCUUCUUUCCUAUAAGCUCUCCUUGUGCCUUUAAAGAAAUAUGGCACAAAAUAUUUUUGUACUGUUUAAGCCAUUCUGAUGAGAAUUAUUUUUAUCUAUCAUUUUUUACUGUAGAAUUAUUUCUCCUUGUAAACAAAAG